AAAGAAAAAGAAAAAUCAGUAUUGGAAACCUUCUUCAUCCACUCUCCUCCAAAACGCAAUCGGCAGCCUCGACGUUGGUUUGGCGGAGAGAAAAUGAAGGGGGAAGAUCGCGACCUUCCUCCUCAAUGCUUUCCUGAUCUUCUUUUCUUUUUCUGAAUCCUUCUCAUAUUCAUCCAAACGCAUGUUCAUCCAGUUUCUCUAAAGGAUGUGGAAGUUGGCAUCAAACGCAAUUGCCGGCAUUCGUCCUAAGAAAAACUCAACUGCACCUAAGCAAGUUUUCUGGGAGUGCUCGGAUGACGAGGUUUGCUCGGAAGCCAGUAGAGAUGAAGAACUGGAAUGCCCUAUAUGCUGGGAAUCUUUUAACCUUGUGGAGAAUGUACCUUAUGUCUUAUGGUGUGGCCAUUCACUCUGCAAAAAUUGUGUAUUAGGCCUUCAAGGGUCUGUGCUGAAGCUAGCAACUCGCCAAAUCCGAAUCCCGAUCUUCCUUUCAUGCCCUUGGUGUCAUCAGCUAUCGCUAAGGGUGGUAUACAGGGGAAACCUGAAGUUUCCCAGCAAGAACUUUUUUCUUCUUUGGAUGGUUGAGAGUUUUAAUGGUAAUGAGGGAAAACAUGACCAUUCCUUCAAUGGGGAUAAUCAGCCAGUUUUUUCUCUGCCAUCCGAGACCGAUACUGAUACCGAUAUUUCUGAAAGGCGGCGAUUGUUUUUCUAUAAUCAUUUGGAUUUCGUCGUCCAUUUAAUCUUCAAGUUUCUACUGGUUGUUAUAUUUCUUCUCAUAGUUGUUUUUGUAAUCCCUGGAAGUGCACUCAUCUUGCUGCUCUACCUGCUAAUCACUUUACUUCUUGCAUUGCCAUCUUUGCUGAUAUUUUACCUUGCACUCCAUGCUUUGGAAAAGCUUAUGAAUGAUAUAACUUCAUGAAUAUGUCUUAACUAAUAUCAUUUGGUGAAUUUCAAAGAA